AUGGAGGAGAGCAAAGCAUUGUUCCGUACGAUCAUAACUUAUCCAUGGUUUACGAACUCAUCUGUGAUCCUCUUUUUGAACAAGAAAGACUUGCUCGAAGAGAAAAUCAUGCACUCGCAUUUGGUUGAUUAUUUUCCUGAAUUUGACGGCCCCAAACGUGAUGCCCAAGCGGCACGCGAAUUUAUUCUAAAAAUGUAUGUCGAUCUCAAUCCAGAUAGUGAUAAGAUUAUCUAUUCACACUUUACCUGUGCAACUGAUACCGAGAAUAUCCGCUUUGUAUUUGCUGCUGUUAAAGACACAAUCCUUCAAUUGAACCUCAAAGAGUACAAUUUGGUUUAG